CUGGGUUCGUCCGGUGUGCUGUGAGCUCCCAGACCAACAGCCCUGCCUCACACUGACCAUUGUGAUCUCUGCUAGCUCCAGAAUCCUAACUGUGGCAGGGUCUUAAGGCGCAAGGAAUUACAAGUACACACAAGCAGAAUCACCUAACCAGAUCACAACUCCCUCUGCUCAUGACCCUGGAAGAACUGUAAAGCCACUCCCUGCUUCAAAGUCCAGGAGGAGCUCGCGUUCCUGUAACGGGACAGUAAAGGCAGAUAUUAUCGAGGCUUUUGUGUACAUCGGAGAACAUGGCCAAGCGAGUGGCAAUUGUGGGAGCUGGGGUGAGCGGCCUGGCCUCCAUCAAGUGCUGUCUGGAGGAAGGCUUGGAGCCCACCUGCUUUGAAAGAAGCGACGACCUUGGGGGACUAUGGAGAUUCACGGAACAUGUUGAAGAAGGACGAGCCAGUCUGUACAAGUCUGUGGUCUCCAACAGCUGCAAGGAGAUGUCUUGUUACUCAGAUUUUCCAUUCCCAGAAGAUUAUCCAAACUAUGUGCCAAAUUCUCAAUUCCUGGACUAUCUCAAAAUGUAUGCAGAUCGAUUCAACCUUCUGAAAUACAUUCAAUUCAAGACUACAGUCUUCAGUAUAACAAAAUGCCAAGAUUUUAAUGUCUCUGGCCAGUGGGAGGUAGUGACUCUGCAUGAAGGGAAGCAAGAAUUAGCCAUCUUUGAUGCUGUCAUGGUCUGCACUGGUUUUCUUACAAACCCUCAUUUGCCAUUGGGUUGCUUUCCAGGCAUAAAAACCUUUAAGGGCCAAUACUUUCACAGUCGACAGUAUAAACAUCCAGAUAUAUUUAAGGACAAGAGAGUUCUUGUGGUUGGAAUGGGCAAUUCUGGCACAGACAUUGCUGUGGAGGCCAGCCACCUGGCAAAAAAGGUGUUCCUCAGCACUACCGGAGGGGCGUGGGUGAUCAGCCGGGUCUUUGACUCAGGGUACCCAUGGGACAUGGUGUUCACGACACGAUUUCAGAACCUCAUCAGAAAUUCUCUCCCAACUCCAAUUGUGACUUGGCUGGUGGCAAAAAAGAUGAACAGCUGGUUCAACCAUGCAAAUUAUGGCUUAGUACCAAAAGACAGGAUUCAGCUGAAAGAGCCUGUGCUAAAUGAUGAGCUCCCAGGCCGUAUCAUCACGGGGAAAGUUUUUAUCAGACCGAGCAUAAAGGAGGUGAAAGAAAACUCUGUUGUAUUUGACAAUGCCCACAACACCCCAAGUGAAGAGCCCAUUGAUGUCAUUGUCUUUGCCACUGGAUACACUUUUGCUUUCCCCUUCCUUGAUGAGUCUGUAGUGAAAGUUGAAGAUGGCCAAGCAUCACUGUACAAGUAUAUAUUUCCUGCACAUCUGCAAAAGCCAACCUUGGCUGUUAUUGGCCUCAUCAAACCCUUGGGGUCUAUGAUACCCACAGGAGAAACACAAGCUCGAUAUGCUGUUCGAGUUUUUAAAGGUGUAAUUAAAUUACCACCAACAAGUGUCAUGAUAAAGGAAGUUAAUGAAAGGAAAGAAAAUAAGCACAAUGGGUUUGGCUUGUGCUACUGCAAAGCCUUACAAUCAGAUUACAUCACGUACAUAGAUGAUCUCCUGAGCUCUAUGAAUGCAAAACCCAACCUGUUCUCUCUACUCCUGACUGACCCACUGCUGGCUUUGACUAUAUUCUUUGGCCCGUGUUCACCGUACCAAUUCCGCUUGACUGGACCAGGAAAAUGGGAAGGAGCCAGAAAUGCCAUCAUGACACAAUGGGAUCGCACAUUCAAGGUCACCAAAACUCGAAUUGUACAAGAAUCAUCAUCUCCUUUUGAAAGUUUGCUUAAACUCUUUGCCAUUCUGGCUUUGCUUGUGUCUGUUUUCCUGAUUUUCCUAUAAGUAAAAGAUUUGCUAGUUGACUUUUCAAAUGCACAGAGUAGAUUUACAAUGCCCUCUUUUGUUACAGUGGCCUUGCCUUUGCAAUUAAGAGUCAUUCCCAGGUUAUGAAGGUUGCCCCUCUUUUCCCUCAUGAGCCCCAGAGUUACCAAGGGUUUUGAUAAACCUCUCCCCAGCUCCACCUAUAUCAAAUACUAGAGGAUGAUAACUAAGAUUUCUUAGCAUUUGAAGGCUUCUGGAAGGUCCCAGGUGCAUUUUUUAGGAAGAGAGCUCUCCUAGGCAGCACUCUGAGCAGUCACACCUGUUUCCCAUGUAAGCUAUGUUCAUAGAUUUCAACUAAAACCCUACCUCAAAAAGAUUGGGUUGUACUAAAAUGAUGUCCUUAUGAUAUUGGUUGACUAAAAAUAAAAAGGAAAAAGAAAC